AUGGUCGUCCAACUGUACGGUUUCCCCCAGUCGACAUGCACGUUGCGCGUCGCCACGACAUUGAAGGAGCUAGACGUCCCAUUCGAGUUCCACUCCGUUGAUAUUUUCAAGGGAGAGCAGAAGAAGGCGAGCUACACUGCGAAGCAGCCGUUCGGUCAGGUGCCCUACAUUGUGGACGAAGACGGUUUCACGCUAUUCGAGUCGCGCGCGAUCUGCCGUUACCUCGCACUCAAGUACGAGAAGCAGCGCAAGCUCGUCCCCUCCCCCUUCGACCACCAGGCCUAUGCUUUAUUCGAGCAGGGAGCCUCUAUCGAAGUGACGAACUUCGACCCUUUCGCGUCGGGCGCUGUAUUUGAAAUCAUGUUCAAACCAGCAUUCGGGCUGGAGGCGGACCAUGAGGCGGGCAAGGCUCUGCUCGCGACGCUGGAGAAAAAGCUCGAAGCUUAUGAAGUCAUCCUGAGCAAGCACAAGUACCUCGCCGGCGAUGACUUCUCACUUGCCGACCUCUUCCACCUGCCGUACGGUGCACUAUUGGCUAAGGUUGACUACCAAACUCUCGAGACCGGUGUCAACGGCAAGCCGAACGUCGCGCGCUGGUGGAAGGAUAUCACUUCGCGUCCGACGUGGCAGUCUUUGAAGGACGGCGUCAAGGCCUAG